CAUUUAGUGUCUAUGGUUCCGUCUAUGGUUCCGCCCCUCUUUCGUGGAGCUGACGCAAAAAAUCUUGAGUUAUUCAACCGAACAACCUGACAUUUAGACGUGAGGGACAUUAGUGCGCAGUAAAAAGGAUUAAAAUGCUGUCUUCUAUUGCUGCAAAAAGAAUUGUUCCUGGGCUUCUGCAUGGAGUAUGGAGACCAGCAGUGACAAUCUCAUUCCGUGGGUACCGUGGUUCUGCACCAGAUGACACUAAAGGGGACUUGAUUGAGAUCCCAUUACCACCGUGGGAGGCCAAACACAAUGAACCCCUAGAUAUUAAGAGGCGACGGCUGCUCUACGAGAGUCGCAAGAGAGGAAUGCUUGAGAAUUGUAUUUUGCUUAGCCUUUUUGCAAAGAGAUACCUCAACACAAUGAAUGAGACACAGCUGCAACAGUACGACAGAAUUAUAAAUGAACCAAGCAAUGACUGGGACAUCUACUACUGGGCCACAGAAGCGGUACCAACCCCAGAAGUAUACCAAGGUGAGGUUAUGGAUUUGCUGAAGGAGUUCACCAAAAACCGUGAUCAUGAACAGAGGCUGGAUGCGCCCAAUUUGGAGUAUCUGGAAAAGGAAAUCCAGUAAAUUUUAUAGACCUUAAGGACUGAACAAUGACCAAUACAUUGUCAGGACAUUGUCUCCUACACUGCAUUCAGUAUACAUACAUUGUAAAAAAGUUAUUAAAAAUAUAAAGUUUUUUCCUGUUCAAUGAAAAUGUUUUUUCCCUGUAUUAUUUAAUAAAUGUACAUAGAUGGUCUCAGUA